AUGUCCAGGGCUAUUCGCGACCGCGGGCUCUGUGUCGGCACCUGGCUAGCCGAAUGGAGAGAAGAACGGAGAAAGGACAUCGACGAGAAAGCUCGAAUGCGCGUAGGUUUGAGUUCUUCGGGUAGACGAGGGAGCUCUUCGUGGCGUCCAGCAUUGCAAGGUAUCGUAUCUAGUCGUUCUUAUCCCAAGAAUGGAGAACAGGCGUACGUCCACGAGAACGAUGCAACAGCGUAA